UCUGCCUGCCCUUUGCUGCCCCUCUGUCGUCGCACCUCUGCAGCUAGAGUUUAAUCACAGGAGUGAACCACCAUCACUCAGGAUGGACACCAGACCCCCCAACCUGCCGCCGCUGCUGCUCCUCACCAUUAUCCUCCUCUUCUCACAGUGUGCAAGAGGACAGUCAUCAUACAUUAUAGAUGCCGUGGGCCUCAAAAUCCUACCUGCCAGCACUGUCCAGAGUGGCACACUAGUGACUAUGCAGUGCCGGGUCAUCGUCAGUCAUGACAACACCGCACGCCUGACGCAUAAGUUCCAGAUUGUCCGUGACGACGUUCCCAUCCGCUCCUUCACCACCACAGAAGACACAGUCGUGCAUGAACUCCAGCCGGCCAGGGCGGCCGACUCCGGCAGUUAUGAAUGUCGGGUCACAGUCAAAGACAAGAGCAAAACCAGCUUCAGCCAAAAACUGGACGUCACAGGCCUACAGGAUCCUGUUCUGUAUCUGAACAAGACCACGUUGUAUGAGGGUGACGACUUCAUAGCGACCUGCAGUGCUCCGGACGAGAAAGGAUCCCUGAUUUUCCGUUUUUUCCGUAGGUUUAGAAAUGAAGAGUCUCAGAGGAUGAAGCAGGUAGCACCCACUGGGAGCUCAUCAGAGACCACGCUGGUUCUCAGACAGGCUGGAGACUACUUCCUGUACUGCGACUAUGAGAUUAAUUUGGUUUCCGGGACCAGGCGCUCUAACCACAGCAAUGAGGUGCAAGUGAUAGUCAGAGAACUCCACAUUUCCCCUGUCAUGAAUGUGCUGCCAACUUCUCGUGUCUUCGAGGGCGAUGUAAUAGAGGUGGUCUGUAAAGUGGUGACGUCACUGGAAGACAUCCAAGUAUUCCUGACAAAAGACAAGAGGAUCCUCAAGCAAGCACCAGUCAGCUUCAGUCAUCGGUUCACAGCGCAGGAAGGCGACUCUGGGGAGCUUGUGUGUAAGGCAGAGUGGGGCAACGUGCAGAAAGAAACCUAUAUAACACUCACCGUCAAAGAGCUGUUUUCAAAGCCCUGGCUGACUGUGGAUCCUGUGGACAUAUUCGUGGGAGACCGCUUCAAACUGACCUGCUCUGUGUCUGUUUACGUCCCUGAGAGGAUCAACAACGAAACACUGCAGUUCGCCAUCUACAAAAAUAACAAGAAGAUGACCAGUUCAGAGACGUACAUUACCCAGGCACAUCCUAGCACAAAUGGCAACUACACCUGCAAAACCAUGGCUUCUUCGGUUUCACACAGUUUUGUAAAAGAAAGUCCAACGCUGGUUGUAAAAGCCAAAGUUCCUGUCUCAAAACCUGUAAUGAGCGUGGUGGGUGGGACGCUCAUACUGGGAAGGCAUUUCCAGCUACUCUGUCACAGCGACCAAGGCACUCUCCCCAUCAUAUACUUCCUGUACGGGCCUCGGGGGCUAAUUGGGCACAGGGUGGUGGGCAAGCCAGGAGACCAAGCCGUCUUUAACUGCUCAUCCAUCUUUAAGAGCUCAGACUUAAGCAAGUUCAUGUGCCAAGCAAAAAACAGUCAACACAGGCCUCCCAUGGUUGGCUCAGGAAUCGAGGCACAGCUGCUCCGUUCAACCACGAUCAUAGAGCCUGUGUCAAAACCAAUGCUUACUAUAGAGCCCAGCAUGGGGGACGUGUCCGAGGGCCAGGACCUGACUCUGUCCUGUUCAGUUCAAAGUGGCACUCCUCCUUUCAACUUCACCUGGUAUCGCGCUGAGUCGGAGGGAGCACUAGCAACACAGACCUCCAAAAUGAAGAAGGGAUACUACCACGUACGCAAUGUCAAGGGAGAGCACAAAGGGGGGUACUACUGCGUGAGCACCAAUCCCGCCAAUGAAAGCAAACAGAGUCACACUAUCAUGAUCACAGUGAAGAUGGCUGGCUGGAAGAAAGGUCUCAUCGCGUUCUUCUGCAUCCUGCUCAUACUGGUCUUGAUCCUUGUUGUCGUCUUCAAAACAUGUCUCCGUCAGUUUAAAAGGAAACGAACGGGCGAGCUGUCAGUGAAGUCAGCCAGCACCAAAGUGGAGCGCUUGAGUCUCACUCAGGCAGAGGUCAUUGAGGCUGCAAAUGUCACGCCAGGCAUGAUGGGAAAAAGUGUGUGGAGUGAACAUGUGUCCGGCUCUGAGUCUGAUGACCAGAAAAGUGAGACUGCCACAACAGAACCUCAAUACACAGGUGAAGACCAACACAGGCAAAUCCAAACAGAGGUGAACCUGCCUCUAGCACCAGUCAAGACAGAAACAGACACAGUGAACAGCGAAGUGAGGAACUCCAAACACGGUAGGACCGGUCUCCUUCCUGCUCUUCAUUCAAAUUGCUCGUGCAUUACAUGGUGUGAAAAACUACGCCACUGGCUUACAUUUUUUUUGAAAAAUGCACCAGGAAACAGGAUCAGCUCCAACUGUAAACAUCUGUGUUGUUGGUGAAAGAAUGUCCCAUGAAAACAGAGGCUCCAUUCGCCAGGUGUCCACUUCCUGCUUUCAUCAAAGAGAACUUCCUGUCCCAACAAUCAGAGUUAAGCAGCGGGUACAUCCGCUAAGACUACGCGAGGAACAUGCCCCCAUUGUUUAAUAGUCCUGAGGGAAAUGCUUGUCCAUUGUUCUGUCAUUGGUUCCUAACAACAACAGUUUACAUGACAUCAUGUUUGUGUCACACAGUGAUACAGCAGAAGACUUUGGUUUUUGCUCAGUCACUCAAGGACUUUUCAUUAUAUACAUGCAUGUUAGCGAUGUGACUGUAUGCGAUGUGAUUAGUUUCCAGUAGGAUGUACACGAUGGGCAGAAUGCCUUUGUCACUGUUCCCGUUUAAUGAAUGAAUCAUUGCAAGUUUCCCUUGAUUCCUCCUUCAUUCCUUUCAUUUCCUGAGUUUGUUCUCUGGCUUUGUUUUUGCAGGUGAUCCAGAGCAGAGUGUAAGUAGCAGCACACAUGCUUAGUAACUAUACCGAUAGUAAUGCAUUCCAGAACCCCAGAACAUGACCUCAACCAUUGAAACUAAAUGCCAGACAUCAGCUGUAUAAACUAACCACGCACACAGAUCUGUUGUGUCUUGGCUCAGAACGACUUCUCUUGGAAAUGAACAGCAAUAACCAACAAUAAGCGGAAACCCCUGUGACGUCACCUCAAGUAUUAGAUUCCUCAGAACAUUGUUGUUUGUUCAAAAAUGGGAAUAAUAUCAUGUUCAUCUAAAAAAAAAAAUUUAAUUCAGGCAUUUGAUUCAGGCAUAUUAACAUAAUGCCAACAUCAAAAACUUAGUUCCAUUGAAAUGAAAUCAUAAUAGUAACUUUAUAUAACACUGUAUACAUCACAGUGUUACAUACUGCUUAACAAGAAGUAAAAGAAGUAGUUAAAACCAUUCAAGCAGUUGGUAAUAAUGCAUAGAAAAGAAAUGAAAAAAAACUGCAGGAAUACAUAAAAAUGACGUAUGAUAAAUAUGUGCAAAGUAAAUAUUCCCUAAAGCUUUGAUUUAUCACACUGAUAGAUGGAGGCAGCAAUGUCAUGUAAUAAUAAUCUUGUUGCAGGUAUAAAUUAGAGUUUCAUAUUUAAUUUUUUUAUCUCUUUUCAGCAGACCGUAGAAUAUGCAGAGCUGAAUCAUGAUACAGAUCACCAAGGUGACCACGGAGAACAUGGAGAACAUGGCGAACAAGACUCUGUCCAGUGCGACAACAACACUGCUGACCACGGAGAAUAAAAACAUGACAAA